AUGUAUAGUAGAUGUGGCAGUGUUACACAAGCAUGGCUAGUCUUCAAACAAAUCCAUGACAAGAGCGUCUACUCCUGGACUGUUAUCAUCGCAGCAUUUGCCCACAAUGGGCAUUUUCUUGAGGCAUUUGUUCUCUUCCACAAAAUGGACUUGGAGGGCGUUUUGCCGAACAAAGUCACCUUCGUCACAGUCCUGCGAGCAUGCACCACCCUCGCACAGUGCGAGAAAAUCUUCGCCCGGGUGAAACAUCUCGGCUGGGAGCUAGACACCACCCUUGGAACCGCCUUUGUGAGCACAUUCGCAAAGCUCGGGGACUUGGCCGCGGCUAGAGACGCUUUCGAGAAUCUCGGCAGCUCCAGGAAUGUGGUGUCGUGGACCGUGAUGAUCUGGGCUUACGCGCAGCAGGGUUUCAUUCGAGCGGCCUUCGAUCUCUACAAGAGAAUGGACUGCGAGCCAAACGCUGUAACUUUCAUGGCCGUGAUGGAUUCCUGUUUGCGUCCAGAGGACUUACCGCGAGCGGAGCAAAUCCACGCACACAUGGUUGCCUCCGGCUUUGAUUCCGAUGCUGUCUUGCAAGUUUGUCUCGUCACCAUGUAUGGGAAGUGUGGGAGCGUCGACAGCGCUUGGAGCAUCUUCGAAAACUUGAAGGAGAGAAGCGUGGUUGCAUGGAACUCCAUGCUAUCUGCGUUCGCCAGCAACGGGUGUUACGAGAGGAGCUUGAAACUCUACGAAAGAAUGCUGCUAGAGGGGAAAACACCCGACAAGAUCACUUACUUGGCUGUGCUUGAUGCCUGCCAGAGCGUUUCCGAGGCCCGGAGGUACGCCGCUACCUUCGAGCUGGAGCUAGAUAUUGCUGCAAAAAAUGCCGCGGUCAGUGCGUACGCGAGGUGUGGAAGCUUGAAAGAAGCCAAGGCUGCGUUUGAUGCAAUACAAUGGAAGAACAAUGCUGUGACAUGGAACGCCAUGAUCUCCGGCCUUGCACAGCACGGCGAGAGCAAGCAAGCUCUCGAGUGCUUUUGGAAAAUGGAACUGGAAGGAGUGAGACCAAACUCGGUCACUUACCUCGCAAGUCUAGAGGCAUGCUCGAGCUUGAACGAUUUGACGAGAGGGAGACAACUCCACGCCAGGAUCCUCCUGGAAAACAUACACGAGGCAAACCUCAGCAAUGCCGUGAUCAACAUGUAUGGCAAGUGUGGAAGUCUAGACGAAGCAAUGGACGAGUUUGCAAAAAUGCCCGAGAGAGAUGUGGUCUCCUGGAACACAAUGAUAGCAACAUACGCUCAACACGGCAGUGGAAGACAAGCACUAGAGUUUUUCAAGCAAAUGGACCUGGAAGGAUGGACUACGGACAGAGCAACGUACCUGGGAGCGAUCGACGCGUGCGGCAGCGUUCCAUCUCUAGCUCUCGGAAAAACCAUCCACUCCAUCGUCGCCACUGCUGCUCCAUGCCUGGAACAAGAUCCGGGAGUCGCCACAGCGCUCGUCACCAUGUAUGCUCGGUGUGGAAGCCUGCACGACGCAAAGUCAGUGUUCUGGAGAUCUCACUCGCGGAACCUCGUUACCUGGUCGAACUUGAUCGCUGCGUGUGCUCAGCACGGCCGAGAGAACGAGGCCCUGGAUCUCUUCCGCGAGAUGCAGCUCCAGGGAACCAAGCCCGACGCUCUAACUUUCAGCACGCUCGUCGCGGCUUGCAGCCGGCGAGGAGUCGUGAAAGAUGGCGUCUUCUACUUUGUGUCCAUGGUGGAGGACUACAGCAUCCCGGCGAGCGAGGACCACUUUGGAGGGAUGGUCGAUUUGCUGGGACGAGCAGGCUGGCUGGAAGAGGCCGAGCAAGUGAUGCGAAAGAAUCCUUGCGCUUUGGCUCACGCUGUUUUGCUGGGAGCUUGUCACGUCCACGGCGAUGUCGAGCGAGGGAUUCGCAUCGCUCAGAGCGCUCUCGAGUUGGAUUGGAAGAACUCGGCAUCGUAUAUCACCAUGUCUCACAUGUACGCUGGCGCUGGAUCACGGCAAGAGUUUCACGAGUUAGAGACCAGCUUAUCAGAAGAACUUGGAUCACUCACCUCUCUAGCGGCUACGUUUCCUUGCCCUCGCUUACGCGAUGUCGGUGUCGUCAAAAUCAUCCUCGAAGCUGUUGAAGAAGUCGAGAUCGCAGGGCUUGUUGUCGACGAUGGCGUCGCCCAGCAUCUCGAUGCCGUCGCCGUCGAUGUCCAUGGCUAUUGUCUGGCUUUCUUUUGGCCCCUGGGAGUACGCUCGUGUUUCUCGAGCAAGAGUUCUGGCAAGCCUCGAAUGGCGGUGAUUUUCCUGGAGAGAAAACCAAGUGAGAAACACCACGAUCGAGAAGAUCUCUUACUUGGUCGCGUAGACUUCCCGCGCCUCGGCCUUCCACACCUUCAAUCGCGCGGCGUUCUCUCUCCACCGCUUCACUCGCAAAACCUCGCGGCGAGCAGUGCGAGCCCGCGGCUUGAGGGCGCCCACGCACGCCCUGGCCAUCGGUGCCCAAGAACCCUAAACCCUAAGAAACAAAUGCGCCUCUCCUCGCGAUGGCGCCUCUUGUUUCGCAGCGGCGCGAGGCGAGUGAGCACGCAGGCGAGGGCGCCGAUCGUUUUCAAGGUGAGCGAGCCCGUGCCCGUGAUCUAUCCAUCGCUCAGGAACCGCUGGAAGCCGCUGGAAGUGGUGGCUCCAUUCGAGCUUCCCGAAGAGGCGCAAUUCUCUGGCGAUGGAAGCGAUGAAGAAGAUGAAGAGGAGGAAGAAGAGGAGGAGCAGCAUAGAUCUAGGCGAGGGAGACAGGCAAAGGAUCAAAGGCAAAUGCAGGGAAGGGUAAAGCAUCACAAAAGAGAAGAGUUUCACGAAGAGGAAGAAGGAGGAGGUACGCAAGAGGAAGAAGAAGACGACCAAGGGAUCAUAGAAAUAGAAGAAGAUCACGACGAAGAAGAAUGUAGCGACGAAGACGACGAUGAUCUCGUCAUGAAUUCCGAGGAGGAAGCCGACUACCAAGAGCUCGCUCGAAUGGUUGACGAGGAGGAUCGAGAAGAGGCCGAGGCCGCACAGGCAGCCAAAGCUAGAGCUCGCGAUCGUCACCGCAGUCGAGAGGAACCACAAGAUCAAGCCCUCGUCCUCCAAAAACCUCCCAAGAACACGACGAGAUCACCGGUGGUGGAAGAUCAAGAACAGGAGCAAAGUUCCAGCAGGGAAUCGAGUGACCACCAUAGCGGUUCCAAGCGACUCGAGCAAAUCAUCCGGGAGCUCGAGCAACAGGACGUGAAGUUCGACUCGGCGGCGUAUGGAUCGCUCCUCCAGUGGUGCGGAAACUCCAAAUCCCUCGAUCUGGGAUCCCGCGUCUUGGAUCACAUGAUCAAGACGAAGCAAACGCUGGACAGAUACCUCCUCAACAUGCUCGUCGAGAUGUACGGCAAAUGCGGCGCCGUCGGACAGGCCCGACAGACAUUCGACCGGAUAUCGCGGAAGAAUGUCUUCUCGUGGACAAUCAUGAUCACGGCCUACGCCCAGAACGGGCACAGCGCAGAGGCGAUCAAGCUCCUGGCGGCCAUGGAUCUCGACGGCGAGCCUCCAAAUGUGGUGACGUUCGUCAACGCGCUCGCCGCUUGCUCGAGCUCGCGAUCGCUCCACGCCGGCCGGAUCAUCCACGAGAGCUUGGCGGCGAGAAAUCUCGACUCCAAUCUCAUCGCCCAGACCGCGCUGCUCGACAUGUAUAGCAAGUGCUCGAGCUUGCAAGAGGCGAUCCGGGUGUUCUCCGCGAUCAAGAACAAGGACACGGUGUCGUACAACGCCAUGAUCUCCGCGCUCUCUCGCCAGGGGUACGGCAAGGAAUCGCUGGAAUUGUUCCAGAGAAUGGAGCUCGAGGGGGUCCGGCCGGACGAGGUGACGUACGGCAGCGUCCUCAACGCUUGCGAGAGGCUUGGCGCUCUAUCGUACGGAAUCUCCGUACACCGCCGGAUUCGUGGGACCGCGCUAGAGUCGGACGUGGUGGUGGCCACCGCGCUGGUCGGGCUGUAUGGCCGCUGUGGCCAGCUGGAUUCCGCUCGGGGAAUGUUCGAGGCGAUGGGGCAGAGGGGCGUGGUGGCGUGGACGCUCAUGAUCUCUUCCCUGGCCCAGAAUGGGCGAGGCGAUGAGGCGCUGGAUCUCUUCCGGAGGAUGGAAUGCGCGGGCGUGGCCCCCGACGAGGUGACGCUGGCGAGUGCCUUGCUGGCGUGUGGUGGCCGCCGCGUGGAGGAGGGGCGGCGGAUAUUCGACGCCCUGGGGAGGGUAUAUCCGGUGUCCGCCUCGGCGGAACACUACGGUUGCAUGGUGGAGGUUCUAGGGCGGGCGGGGAAGCUCGAGGAGGCCGAGGGUUUGAUCCAGGGAAUGCCGUGCAAGGCCAGCGGCGCGAUCUGGAUGGCGCUGCUGGCGGCUUGCAAUCGGCGCGGCGAUCUGGAGCGGGGGAUUCGUGCUGCGAAUCGAGCACAGCAGCUCGAUCCCGGGAGCUUUGCGGCGUCCAUGGCGAUGCUCGCGGAGCUGUAUGGAGCGGCGGGGCGGUGGGAGGAUGCUGCCAGGGUCAGGAAGGCUGUGGAAUCGAGGAAUGCGAGGAGGGAGCCCGGCGGGCGGAGCUGGAUCGAGGUGAAGAACAGGGUGCACGAGUUUGGGGAGGAUGAUGAUCGUCUGCAAGGCCCUCGGCUGGACAAGAUCCGUGGCGAGCUCCAGCGAUUGAGCUCGCUAGCCGUCGAGGAAGGGGGGAUUUGCAAGGACGAGAAUGCCAGGGCUCACAUUCUUGGCUGCUGCCACAGCGAGAAGGUGGCGAUUGGAUUUGGGAUUGUGUCCACGCCUGCUGGGCAAUUGAUAAGGAUCGUCAAGAAUCUAAGGGCUUGCCACGAUUGCCAUGCUUUUGCCAAGUUUGUGUCUAGAAGGAUACAGAGGGAAAUAAGUGUGCGGGAUCCGUAUGGCUUGCAUUGCUUCCAGACUAAUGGCUCUUGCUCUUGUGAAAUUUGAUAGAAGAAACGAGCUCGUUUUGAUGGAAAACUCACAAAUGCCUGGAAGUAGGAGCCAAAAACCUAAUAACAAGCCCUAAAAAGGUGGACAUUACACUAACUAUGUGAUUGGAGAUGACAGAGUUAUCUAAACAAUGGAGGGAGCUCCUGGGCCAAGCUCUGCUGAUUUGCAGUAGCAACACUACACACUAGAGAAACAAGAGGAUAGGAAAUGUGAAUUUUUUAAUUUGGAGUGAGUUCUAACAUUGAA